AAGCGCUUUACAGCACUGAUGGCAGUUCUCUGAACGCACCUGACAGACUAAAUGACAAUAUCAGAUCGACUAAUAUAGGCUUCUUUCAAAAUGACAAAUGGGAUGAUACGUUGUGGAUAUUAAAUGAUAUUUUCGCGCCGAAUGUAAUAUGCUUUUUUAAGUGGAUUUUAGGACUGCGGUUUUCCACCACAACGAAAAGAAGAAAAUAAUAUUCUAUAACAUUUUAAAAACUUGUUUUAACCCGCCACUAUGGAGUCUGAUAAAAAGCAGCUAACGCUUAAUCUGAUGCUGGCUGUUGGGACCGCUGUGAUUGGCUCCUUGCAGUUUGGCUACAACACAGGUGUCAUCAAUGCCCCUCAGAAGAUCAUUGAGAACUUCAUCAAUGAGACGUGGUAUGGCAGGUAUUCAGAAAACAUACCAUCAACCACUUUAACUACGCUCUGGUCCGUAUCAGUGGCCAUUUUCUCUGUAGGUGGCAUUUUCGGCUCCUUCUCAGUGGGCCUCUUUGUAAACCGCUUUGGCAGGAGGAACUCAAUGCUCAUGGUUAAUGUUUUGGCCUUCAUAUCUGCUGCUUUAAUGGGCUUUUCCAAGCUGGCUGAAUCCUGGGAGAUGCUUAUUAUUGGACGCUUCAUUGUUGGCCUUUACUCUGGCCUGUCCACUGGCUUUGUACCAAUGUAUGUAGGAGAAAUCGCCCCAACUGAAUUACGUGGGGCACUGGGUACACUUCAUCAGCUUGGCAUUGUCGUUGGCAUCCUCAUGGCACAGAUCUUUGGUAUUAAAGAAAUCAUGGGGACCUCAACAAUGUGGCCCUUCCUACUUGGCUUUACUUUCAUCCCAGCCUUACUCCAGUGUGCCCUGCUGCCCUUUUGCCCCGAGAGCCCACGCUACCUCCUCAUCAACCAGAAUGAGGAGGCCAAAGCCAAGAGUGUGCUGAAGAAGCUGCGUGGCACUGAUGAUGUGGAUGCAGGCAUGCAGGAGAUGAGGGAGGAGAGCAGACAGAUGAUGAGGGAGAAGAAGGUCACCAUCCCUGAGUUGUUCCGCUCAUCGCUCUACCGCCAGCCCAUCUUCAUUGCCAUCAUGCUGCAGCUCUCCCAGCAGCUCUCUGGUAUCAAUGCUGUUUUUUAUUACUCUACUGAUAUAUUUGAAAAAGCAGGGGUGUCUGAGCCGGUCUAUGCCACCAUUGGUGCUGGAGUUGUGAACACAGCAUUCACAGUUGUGUCGCUGUUCGUAGUAGAGCGAGCUGGCCGAAGAUCACUACAUCUUAUUGGGCUGAUGGGAAUGGCUGUGUCUUCUGUUCUCAUGACCAUAGCUAUGGCGCUAACAGAACAAGUGAAAUGGAUGUCGUACAUCAGCAUUGUAGCCGUCUUCAGUUUUGUGGCAUUUUUCGAGAUCGGACCAGGCCCAAUCCCAUGGUUCAUUGUGGCAGAACUCUUCAGUCAAGGCCCCAGGCCCUCUGCCAUCGCUGUCGCUGGUUUCUCCAACUGGUUUGCCAACUUCUUAGUGGGAAUGUGCUUCCAGUAUGUUGCGGAACUGACAGGCCCGUAUGUUUUCAUAAUCUUCACUGUCCUCCUGCUGAUAUUCUUCGUCUUCACCUACUUCAAAGUUCCUGAGACCAAAGGCCGAACAUUUGACGAGAUCUCGGCAGGCUUCCGCUCAGGGGGAGAGAAAUAUACCCGAGAAGAUCUGAACACACUGGGAGCAGACUCACAGCUCUGAGUUUAUACAGUAAUGCAACCAAUUGACUAUCCUCGGCUUUAGCACAUUGGGUAGGUAUGUUCACAAUGGCAAACUACCCUAUUACUCCUACUAGGAAUACAGUAGGUUAUGCAUUGUUUACUAAAGUUUUUUUCUGACUGCAUUGAAUACCUUGCUGAAAAAUCCAGCAUUGCUGGUCAGUGGUCUCCAGCAUUAGAAAUAUUUUGCAUGUUGGUCCCCAGCUGGUGGACCAGCUACUUCAGCUUAGUUUUGCUUGAGAACAGCAUGACCAGCACUAUACCAGCUUAAACCAUCAUAAACCAGCCUGGAACAACACAGAAUCCAUGCUGGUUUAUGCUGGAUUGUUCAGCAGGGUACUCAAAUGACUUGCUAUACAUUUGCCAAACUGUGCAUUAUCUGACCAGUAUGCACUACUCACAAAGUUAUAUUAAACAUUUCAAAAUUACCAUAUUUAUUUCUGGGAUUGUAACUAGACACAUCUCUCUAAUGUAAAACAUGCAACAAUAUGAAAACUGUGUACCAUAUCACAGUUUUUUUUUUUUUUUUUAGCAUACUAGUAUAUUUUUAGAUACUGUACUUUUAUUUUUUCAUAUACUAUAUUUUAAAAAAAGCUGUAUGAAGUAUGGUGUAGCAUGCAAUAUUUUAAUAUUCCAUUCUGAAUGUUCCCACUUCAUAUUCAGUAGCUAAAACAGCAGCACAGAAAGUCCUAAACCUUCACUGAUUGUUUUACUUUAUUGUUUGUUUUCUCAUUCUGAAAUGGUGAAUAGUAUCUAAAUAAUAAUCACAAUGUCUGCAUGUUCAAAUGCAUAUGAAUAAGGUUAUUGUUUAUUUGUGUACUACUAGAUCAUUUGAAUGAUUCAGUUAGCACAAUUGUUUUCUUAGACUUGCACAUUUAACCAUUUUAACAAUUCUUUGCUCUUGUCCAGUCAACACGUGAUGAGUUCUGAUAUGUCUGCUCAUAAUCAAGCAUAAUUAUAUUAGAACUGCAUAUUGCAACAUUAUGGUGUCCGAUUAUCAAUACUUGAACAGUAGCUUUACCAAGGAGUGUCAGGAUACUAGCACAGUGAAUACAAACACAAAACAAUUAUUUAGUUUUAUAUUGCAAGAAGUGUGCAUUAGGUAUUCAAUACUGUAUGAAGUUUAACAUCUUUCCAAAUCAGACCAUCUCAUUUUGACCCCCAAUAAAUUAACUUGACUAAUAUACAGUACAGUCCAAAAGUUUGGAACCACUAAGAUUUUUAAUGUUUUUAAAAGAAGUUUCGUCUGCUCAC